AUGAAAGAGAAGCAUUGUGUUCCGGGUGUCGUUCAGGAGGAUGUCACCGAAAACAUUCGCACGCUUUUUAACUUUUUUUCGUGUCACUACGUAGCCAUAUUGAGAAGUCAUUUGGCCAAGGUUGGUUUAAACACGGAGGAGGAUGAUGGCUUGAACGAAAUCCUGAGUUUGGAUGAGUGCUUCGAACACGCCCUUGAGGCAGUCAGCAGUGAGCAUAAGCUGACAACGUACUGCAAACGCAAGUACGACUUAGUUGAGCCUAUAGAGUGUCACCUUGAUAGCGCUGAUGGUGAGAAAAGAGUUUAUCACUACAUCCCGGUCUUGAAAGUAAUAGAGGCUGAGCUAAAAAAAGGUGACGUAAUGUCGGCUCUCUUGACCAGUAACGCGCGACGGGAAAACAGGGAGUGCAUGACAGACUAUUGCGAUGGAAGCCUUUUCCAGAGGCACGAGCUCUUCGCAAGUGGAGAAUUUUCCUUGCGUCUCCACUUCUACACUGACGAAUUUACGGUAGUGAACCCGCUUGGCUCGAGAAAGAGCGAGUACAAAAUUGCGGCGUUCUACUUCGUUAUUGGCAACCUACCUGCGCAGUAUCAUUCCCAAAUGAAGCACAUUCAUUUGGCUAUGCUCUUCAAGCACAGCCAUUUGAAGAAUCACAGUUAUGGGGAAGUUUUAAAACCUUUAGUUUCAGACUUAAAAAAGCUUGAACAUGGGAUUCAGGUUAACACUGCUGUAGGAGCGUUAACAGUGCGGGCAGCGGUUGCAUGUGUCUGCAUGGAUAAUCUUUCAGCGCAUCAGUUCGGCGGAUUUUCGACAAGUUUUAGAGUGCGAAGAAUUUGUCGGUAUUGCAUGGCCACCUCUGAAACUAUGAUUGAAACAGAUGUUUCGACGUUCAAAUUAAGGACACUCGAUAUUCAUGAAAUUCACCUGCAAGCCGCAAAGGCGGAUCCUGAACUUAGCAAAGUGUACGGUGUCACUCGCGAAUGCCCGUUCUCGGAACUCAAGUUUUUCGACGUGACAGUCGCUUGCCCUCCUGAUCUGAUGCAUGACUUGCUGGAAGGCAUUGUACCCCGCGUGAUCAAGCUUGCGCUAAAAAAAGCUAAUUGA